UGCACUGACACUCGUACUCGUAGAUCUACUCUGAGAUCUACAAGAUCAGUGCUGGAGUCUGGAGACGAAAAGACAAGUAGCGAAGUUUGUGUGCAUUUUCUGUGUGGGUUUUGCUGCAAGUAUUUGUAGUAGCCGGCCAAGACUCACUUACGUUCCUAGAGAAAUCCCGCAUACUAGUUCUUGGGUUCUACCUCACUCCGAACAGCUGGCGGUGAGCUUCUCGCAUCCUCCCACGCAGGGGUAUUGGACAGGACCUCGCAGCUGUAGUGUUACUAGUACCUCAAUGCGCUGGUCGCGGGCCUCAGAGGCCUGUUUUCAUCCUAUUUCUUGAUGGAGACUCCGGAGAAAGACCAGACCGAUCGGACUAACCAGAAAGUUAGCCAGUGCUUCAGUCGAGGUUUCCUUCCUCCGGAGGUUGCAGGAAGAAAACAUUACGGAUUUGUCAAGAGCACAUCAGCUAGCAACGAUGGCACAGCGAGUCCCUGUCACAAGUACCGAGUGGAAGCUGGUGAUUGUGGCACCACGACCGUCGAUGGCCUGGAGAAUUCCUGGAUCUUAGCUCAGAUGGAGAACCCGGAGACUGAAACAAGAUGGUACUUCAAACAUUUCCUUGGAAAAGUUCACAACUACUAUAUCGGAGUUGACAUCAACAAGGAUGCUUUUGUUGUAGCCACAUGUUUAGAGAAAACGGCGAGCGAAGAGUUCCUACUGCGCAGUGUCCUGUUUAGAAAAACCGGCUGUCUUCGUCUAGCGCUGCGAUGCAAGGGUGAAAGACCUUUCCCAGUGAAGAUGCUUCUACAGUCCUUUUCGGUGCAAGCCGUCAAGCACCCAAAACCCAUCACCUGUCCCACGUUUCAGAAAGAGUUAGUCGUGCUGGAGAACCAAGAGGGCUCCAAGAACUUCAAGUUUGGUGUGCUGUACUGUCAGGCACAUCAGGUUGAAGAUGAUGACUUCUUUAGCAACGAAACGGGCAGCAAGGAAUUUGACCAGUUUGUGGAACUCCUCGGUGACAAGGUGGAGCUACUUGGUUUCAAAGAUUUUCGGGGUGGCCUUGAUGUGCGAACUGGUACAACGGGCACACAUUCAAUUCACACCAAGUUCCAGGGUCAUGAGGUCAUGUUCCAUGUGUCGACAAUGCUACCAUUCUCCAAGCAGAAUAAACAGCAGUUGGAGCGGAAGCGACAUCUUGGCAAUGACAUCGUUGUUAUCGUCUUCUUUGAUGGUGACGAGCUUCCAGAGUUCCAGCCAGCCCAGAUCAAGUCUCAUUUUAACCAUAUAUUCGCCGCCGUUUGCUACAGCAAAAAAGAAGAAGCGUACAAGCUCCAGCUGUAUUCUGAUAGAAAUGUACCACUGUUCAGCCCUGCACUUCCAAACCCAGCUAUAUUCACCAAGGACAAGUUCCAGCUCUUCCGCUCCUUUCUCCUUGUCAAACUUAUCAAUGGAGAGAAGGCAUGUUACCAGUCACAGACAUUCCGCGAGAAGCGUCAGCGCACGCUCAGCACAUUACUGGCUGGCUAUGAGGAACAGUAUGGCGAGUCUCAUUCGAAAUUGUCCGACAUGGUGUCAUCGAAAAGUACGAAAAAGAAGAAGGAGCAAGAGUCUGAGUUCAUCCGUAUUGGUCAGGAGCUGAAGGCACAUGAAAUGAUGAAAGGUGAUGUGCCAAUAGCUGAAGUUCCCGAUGUCAACGAUGCCGCUCAAAGCUGGGAUGUAUCUCAUUUCAUGACAUUCUCUCGGCCAAUCGACUUCGCAGAGCAGCAUUGUAACAGUUUGGUCGUCCACGGUGAUGAAGGAACUUUCAUUCUGGAUGGUAAAACCUCACGGCCCAUCAUCGAGAAGUCAAUAACGGUCAAGCAUGUCAUUGUGUGCGAAGAGCACAAUGUAUUCCUUGUACUCGGAAGCAAGUACGUUCACUGCUUUCGGCUAUCGGCCCUCAAUGACCCAGAUAUGCCUCCCAUCGGGCGCAAUGAGAUGAAACUACAGCGUGUGGAGGCCACGAAAGGAGCAAGCUCUAUAGCCGUGUGUAGAGGUGUGAACAUCAUGUUGCGGCUGGCUGUGGCGAUUGGCCGGCGGCUGCAGAUGUUCGUCUGGAAGACACCGGCGACCAAUCAACCAGGCGCACCCGAGGUGGCAUUUGAAGGACCGGAAGGAUUCCUUGAACUCGAAUCCAUAAACAUUCAAGAGACGCCCUCCACAAUGCUGCUUGUUGAUCAUCAUCAAGUGCAGAGCUACCAGCACAACAAGGUCAUUGUCAGCUAUCGCAAUGUUCAUGAUGUAGUCGAUGAGCACACACACGAUGUGGAGCGGCUCUUUGAGAAUCCUACAAACGCAAUGGUGACCUCACCCAUUGUUGAUCACUAUGAGGAGGACAAAGUGGAACUUCUCGUCACAUAUAAUAACAUGACCGAAUUCAAGGACAUCUCUGCACUGUACGGUGUGGGGCGCAAACAGACCAUGUUCCACUGGACAUGCAUGCCGCAUAAUAUCGUGUGCAAGUUCCCGUACGUCAUUGCAUUCGGCCGCGAUAGCAUUGAGAUUAGACUAUACAUCAACGGUACUGUCGUCAAGAACAUGAUGGGUCUGCGUGAUGUCAAGCUUCUCUCCUCAAAGAGGAAUAUCCUGUUCACCUCAUCCCAUGUUCAGAACGGCGAUGCGCCAGAAGCAAGCCCUUGCAAAGGUCAGGCAUUAGCUUCACAGAUCUACACAUUAGUACUGUAAAAUUCUUUUCCUUUACCGGGAGCCCAGAAGACAGCAACCGGUGCGGUGCUGCUACUGCUACUCCUCCGGUUUCAUCACAUUAUCAGCAGCUGCAGCACUCUCCGUGGUGCACACCGCUUGUACAUACAUCACAUACAUAAUCAAUAAUACUCCAAAUACUUUCCCUGCCCAUUGAUCCAGUUGCGUUUUCAAGGUUCAACAUGAGACUUUAGGUAGCUACUUGCACGCUCCUCUGGUGCUUCCCCUCCCCGUGCAGUCUUGCUUUUUAUUUGUACCAGUAAUGCUUACCCCUCCCCACAUCCUUACGUAAAUACUCCUCUGUAUCAUAGCCUGUUAUAUUUAUUGUAGUCUCCGCUCAAUUUAAAAGUUUCUUCUGAGUCGCGAAAUGCACACUUACCUGCCCUUUUUAAACUGCUGCAAUACUAGGUUCGGUUUCUGCGAUAAUAUUUUGCUUAUCCGCCACCCAGCCGCGCGCCUUCUUUGUGUUUUUAUGUUUUGCAUGCACUGCCGCACAACAAUAGUAGUCUUGGUUGCUUGCAACUUGCAGUUUGUGGCCACUCGGCCAGCAGCAGGCAAGGAUGCUAGCGAACAAGCUAAUGUUUUAUACUAUUCUAUGUGUAGGAGAGAGUUAUCAAGGAAUCCGCUUUGUUUUGUUUCAUUCCACGCACUGUGCUACUAAACUCUGUUCUCAUUGUCGUGUCCAAUCUUGGUGCCGGCUAUGCUCAAAUGCCUCUACACUACUUGUCUCUCUAUUUUGAGCUUUUUUCUGAAAUUUAUGCUCGACUUAUCAUUGUUGCUUGCAGCCAUCCUAAAUUAUCGCUGUCAUCCAUGUGACGACAAUCAGUAGGUACACAGUACAUGGUACUUUUCAACCCACUA